UUUCAAACCGCGAUCAUCGUUGCGUCAGUGCCUUGAAGGCGAUUCCGAGUAGACGAUCGUUCUGUCGAGCGCGACUUUUCGCGAAGGCCCGAUUCAGCCGAUUCUCCGAGUCGGUGAAUUUGACAGGUCUCGGUUGAGACGCGACGAGUCCGAGAGGUUAACGGCGAACAGCAGUGCCUUUCGUGGAAAAUCGAUUAAAUCCAGGCAGACCGUGUGGAGAGACACGACUCGGCGUUCAUAUCGUCGCGUGAUCGUCGGUGUAGACAGAAGGGAGAAAGAGAGAGAGAGAGAGAGACGGAGACGGAGAGUGCGGUUUGGCCGAUGGCGGCGGCUGUCAACUCGCGGAUCUCGCUCUACGCUCGGACGAUUUUUCAGAAAGUCUCGUCGGUUCGGGGCUGAAAAUAGCCUCGCGUUGAAGGCGCGACGUCACGAUUUAUGAGACCAAGAAGAGACUAAGAAGAGCCUCUUAUAUGACAUCGGGCAAGGAAACAAUGGGUGAACAACCAAUCUUUACGUGCAAAGCGCACGUAUUUCACAUUGACCCCAAGACAAAACGAUCUUGGGUACCUGCAUCAUCAGCAGCAAUAUCAGUAUCAUUCUUUUAUGAUUCCACCAGAAGUCUGUACAGAAUAAUAUCAGUUGAAGGAACAAAGGCUGUCAUAAAUAGCACAAUUACGCCAAAUAUGACUUUCACAAAAACAUCACAGAAAUUUGGCCAGUGGUCGGAUGUCAGGGCGAAUACUGUAUACGGUUUAGGUUUUGCAUCUGAGGCUGAGUUAGGAAAGUUUAUCGAGAAAUUUCACGAGGUGAAAGAAGCCACCAAACUAGCUAGCGCCAAGUUACAGUCAAACAGCUCUUCGGUCACACCAGCUACCAGUGCGAAUGUUAGCCCAAUUACGUCUCGAUCGGGUAUGCCGUCGUCGGAACAAGAUCUCAUUGAUCCACCAAACUCUUCGAUGAUUAACUCCAACGUGUCGGCAUCGAACAAUCCGAACCCGAAUGCCAAUAUGAUAACCGCUCAGAACAGUGUAUGUUCGGUAAGCAGCAGUCCUUUACCUGGUAGUUGUCAGAAUAAAGUGGACGAUGAAUUGAAAAACACAGUCCAUUCAAGAUCACAGAGUGUUUCUCAGCAGAGUACAGAAAGUCCGCAGCAUCAAGGGAAAUCGGCGCAACUGAGCUCUACACAAGGUGGACAGUCAGCUGAGGUGCAGCUCAAGUACGAGAACGAUAGGCUGAAACUUGCUCUAGCUCAGAGUUCUGCUAAUGCAAAGAAAUGGGAGAUUGAACUGACUACCCUCAAAACCAAUAAUGCAAGAUUAACAAGUGCGUUACAAGAGUCAACAGCUAAUGUCGACGAAUGGAAGAGACAGCUGCAAUUGUAUAAAGACGAAAAUGCCAAAAUAAAAGCUAAAUACGCCGAUUUGGAAGCUGGAAAAAUCGCGGAGGGAAACAGUGAAGCCUUAAGAUUGAGAGUCGAAGCAUUGGAAAGUGAGCUGAGAACGCGAAAUGAAGAAAUCAAAGUUCUCACUAUGGCCACUAAGAGUAAAGAUUUUGUGGCUCUACAGAAGGAGAAUGCAGAACUUCGCGAAAUGUUGAAUGUAGUUCAUGAACAAUUAGAACUUGCAUUGAGUGCAAAUAAGGUUCAAAAACAAAAUUUGGAUACAUUAAAUGCCAGAUUAGCUGGUUACAUACAAGAUUUGGUAACUGUACAUCGAGAAAUCACAAAUACAUUGCAAACUUAAGUUUGCAUCAUUAGGGAAACCUAAGAAUGCCUUUCUUAGGUCUUUUGUAUCUACUGUAAGCACGGUGUACGAAUGGAUGAUAUAGAGUAAUAACAAAGGGAGAAGUUCCAAAAAAAUCGAACGCAGUUUAAUCGAGCAGAAAAAUUCUAGAAUACUGAGAUAGUCGUCUCUCGAAAAUAGUACACUACAGAAGAGAUUGCUCCCCGAGCAUGUAUUUAUAUUGAUCUGUUUAGCAUUUCUCUUUAGAAAUAAGUUUCGUGCCAUAAUCGUGCUAUUGUUACACAGAAUAGGACACUUAACUUUACCACCUGCUUUUCUCCUUCUGACAUUUUAUGCAUUUAUGCUUCAAAAAUGCUCUGUAUGGAUAUACAGUCUUAUAAAUUCGAUAUGGAUUAUAGUUAUAAAUUCAUAUUUAUGAUUAUUUUCGAAAAGAAAAAUGAUAAGAACAAUUGAUGAACAAAUUAGAACAAUAAGUUUUAAAUUACAAAUUUUUCAUUAAGUUAAAAUUAUAAGCUCUGCUUAUCUUUCCAGAACUGCCUAAUGCUUAUCUGGAUAUUAUUUUCUUGAAAUUUACAUUGUCUAUUUUUAUUUUUUAUCCACAAUUUUUGAGACAGUAACAUUUAUAAUUUUAUAAGAGUUAUUAUUACUCUCUACAGACUCAUUUUAAAUGUAAUAAUUUUAACAAUUAUUACUGUAAACAUAAAAUCAUGUACAUUAAAUUAGCAAAAUUGAUAUUUCAAAACUUAAGAUACAAGACUUAAGAUAAUUUUGAAAGUUUUAUUUUCUCUGUUCAUAUCUUUUACUUAUUAAUUUAUACAUAUAUUCUAUUCUAAUAUUAUAUCAAAAUAACUUUUACAUAUAGGAUGUUUCGUAAAAUAUGCGAAUAUCAUUAAUAGAGAUAUCUCACGAAUUCAAAAGUGAUUUUUUAGUAGAAAUCCGAAUGGGAAUUUAGUAAUUUAAGGAGUACAGAGUCAAUCAGCAUGUCGCAUUGACCAGAUACUGAUAGAUACGGGUAAUACGUAAGAGACAAAAGGAUACAUUUGCAAACAUUGGGACAUAUUUAAAAAUUCAAAUUUUCUAUAUGACAAUAGAAAAGUUUUUCUUUUGGUGUUUUUCGAUCAGAACAUUGAUUCUAUGUAAGAAAUACAACUCAAGGACUUUCUAUUGUGAUGUAUGAUACUUUCAAAUUUUUCAAACUCUUAUUCCAGUGCUCAAAUGUACCUACGUUUCUCUACGGAUAAUACAGGGUGUCUAAAAAAUCUACGGUCUUAUUUAUAUUAAGAUGGUCAGGCAAAUGUGAAACAAGUUUGUAUAAACCUAUUCCGAAAUUAUUUUAUAUUAAUGAGUUACAAAAGAUUGGGGAUCAUCAUUUGCUAAGAACUUUUUACUAACUUUUAAUCGCUUUCACAAUUUUUUAAACAAGUCAGAAACAAGUGUAUGUGCAAAUUAUUGUUUAUCUUUUCACAUUUUUUAAAAAUAUAAACUCGCAAUUAUUUUUACGUAAAUUAGUGAGCAAAUAGAGUGAGAGAGUGCUUGUAUAUAUAAAUAGAAAAAAUAUGGACAAUAAGAAAAAAAUCACUUUCAAGCAAUUUAUAUAUAGGAGAGAGAAGAAAUGUUAUAUUGAUACAUUUUUUAUAUUUCUUUUAUCUGCAGUUAUUUUUCUAAUCUGUGCUUUAGAGAUUAAAUUUAAUAUUCUAUAAUAAUAUAAUAUAAAAUGAUACUUUUAUUUUACUUUUUCACUUUUCUACUACAAUUUGAAUUUUAGAAUAAUUUUAGAUAUAAGACGAUAAUGUGAGACAAAUACGAAAUUUUUGGCAAUUUUUAGAAAAUGUUUGCAUAGCGUAGAUUAACUAAUUGAACAAGAAUGUCUUCUCUGGAAUGUUAUUUAAGAAUCAUUGCUUCGCAUAUCCAUAAAAUCAUCUUUGAAUGUUAUUGUGCAAAAUGUUUUCUUUCUUCAUGCUAAUUAUGUGUGUGGUAAUACAUCAAUGAUAAUAUACACUACACAUUGAUAUAUGAAAUGGCAUGCCUGUGAUAGAAUUUUAAUCAUAUUAUAAAUUACAUUUUUUAUUAUUUUUGCUCUUGUGUGGACUAAAUAUUCAUUUUUCUCAUGAAUCCACCUAAUCAUAACAUACAAAAUUCAGAUAAGUGGAUAUUUUAUGGUAAAAUUAUUUAUAAUCUGUUUUUUCUCUAUAACACAUCAAUAUCUGUGUAAGCAUACUUUUAUGAAACAUUCUAUAUAUAGCUUUUUCUAUAAUGUUGGUGGAAGAUUUCAAAUGGUAAAGUUAGGUGUCUCACAUCUGUAAAAUUCUAUAAAAAAGCACAUUUAUUGUUGAAUUUGCCGAAUAUGUGAGAAUCAUUCUUAUGUAUAAAAUAUAGUGAAAAAACGGCGACUGUCCCGAGAGUGCGUGUUUGUGAGAGAAAUGUUUUCGUAAAAGCGUUCCUGCAAUUCCAUCUAAAUAAGAAGGCAAGAAAGAAAAUGAUAUUCUUCCAAUAAAGAUUCUCGAUAUCACAGAACGACACAAAUAUAAUAUCCGCUUCUUUACAACACAUUAUCUAAUGUUGAAGUAUCAUCCGCCUCUCACAACUACUGCGUUUCAGCUAACAUAUGAUAUAUAGAAAAUAGCCUCGAGCAUCACACGCACUUCCUCUCAAUUGCAAAUUUUUUGGCUUAAAUGGAAGAGAUAUUAAAGAGAUCAGAGAUGAAAGAAAAUGCAGUGAAUCUGAAACACCUUGUACAUACAUACGUUAAUUUCAGUUUCUUGAAUCCUGCAGUACACUUGUGUGCGGCAUGCCAUUGUAAGAUUUAUUAUCUAUGCUUGCUUAUUAAUGAUUAUCAUUAAUUUUAUAUUAUCGGAAACAUUUGAUGUUAGAUUAAUAAUGUAUUUAUUUUAAGGUUCCUGGCUCCUCGCUAACCAUGUUGAAAUUGUGACAAAAUAUCUUUUUAUUUAAAAAUGGCAUCUAAGAAUUUUCAGUGUAUGCUUUUUCGCCUCUGACGUUACAAUCCAACAUGAUCGCGGCGAGGAUAGGAGUCCUAAAGACGUUUGUAGUGCAAUUUACAUCAAAUCUGAAACUGUACACAGUAUGACAGUGCUGGAGGGUUUAAAGCAAUGUUAUAUUUACCAAUGGAACUAUAUAAUCUUGUUAUUAGAGAAUUUAUUUAUAUUUAAGGAACACUAUAUAUAUUUAGUUUUUAUUUUGUGUAUUAAAAAUACUCUUUAUAGGUAUUAUUUUAUCUUUUUUUACACACUGUAUGAAAAUUGUUAUUAUAUAUGUA